AUGUUGGUUAAGAAUGAAGAGUUGUUGGGGAGCCGUGGCGGCGGCGGCCGGGGGCUGUCGCUAGGGGUUGAUGGUAGUACUGGUGGUGAUCAGGCUCACCGGACGGCGGCGGCUCGGUCGGUGAAGAGGAGGAGGAGAGAUCAAUCUGCUGCUUCUGCUUCACCGGCCGGGAGCCAAAAGAGUGACGGGAGUACUCCUCAAAGUAGUGAUGGCCAACAGCAGCAGCCGUCUAAUGCCCCAGCCUCUACUGUUAAAAGAAGCUCCAGGUUCCGAGGUGUCAGCAGACAUAGAUGGACAGGGCGAUUUGAAGCACAUUUGUGGGACAAACUGUCCUGGAAUGUCACCCAGAAGAAGAAAGGAAAACAAGAUUUCUUAGGAGCUUAUGACGUUGAAGAAGCAGCAGCUAGGGCUUACGAUUUGGCAGCACUCAAGUAUUGGGGUCCCUCAACUUUCACCAACUUCCCGAUAUCGGAUUAUGAGACGGAGAUCGAGAUUAUGAAAACAGUAACUAAAGAAGAGUAUCUGGCCUCCUUAAGAAGAAAGAGUAGCGGCUUCUCUAGAGGCGUAUCCAAGUACCGUGGAGUUGCGAGGCACCAUCACAAUGGAAGAUGGGAAGCCAGAAUCGGGAGAGUUUUCGGCAACAAGUAUCUUUACCUCGGCACUUACAGCACUCAGGAGGAGGCAGCUAGGGCUUACGACAUAGCAGCAAUCGAGUACAGAGGUAUCAACGCCGUCACGAACUUCGACCUAAGCAGCUACAUCCGGUGGCUGAAACCCGACGUCGCCGCUCAAGUCGCCGCCAAAGAACAACACCACCACCACGAACCACACACAAUAAUCGACUCCCAAGAACUAGUACUAAACACCACCAACAACAACAUCCCAACAACAAUAACCAACAACUUCCUCCACACUUACGACCACAACAGCAACAAAUCCUCCUCCUCCUCAUCACCACCACCACCACCGUUCUUCCACACCACCUCCUCCACCGCUCCCCCGUUCACCGCCGAUUACUUCGGCGGCGCGACCACCAAGCAGGCGGAGCUCUUCCAGGACUACCUCAGCUCGCCGACCAAGCAGCAAGUUUUCCAGGAAGCCGCCGCCAUCAACAACAACAACAAGAGCAGCUCUUGUUCUUCCACGUCAUCCGCCAUGUCAUCAGGUGGCGGCGCACCGUCGGCGCUGGGGCUCCUGCUGCGGUCCACCAUGUUCAGGGAGCUGGUGGAGAAGAACGUCGUCUCGGAGGACGUCGACGUGGGGAGGAUCGGCGGCGGUGGAGGAGGGCACGUGAUGAACGGCGGCGGUGGUCAUGAGGAUGACUACGGAGGGAUAUUUUACGAUGGGAUCGGUGAUAUUCCGUUUGUUUACUCUUCCAAUAAUGCCAAGGAUGAUGGGAUUGAGCUGCAUGAAAGGGAGCUCCAGUUCAUUUUCUAG